AUGUUGAAGAUCAUAGAGUAUGUUGUGGAUGGUAAAGUGAAAAGACAGUUGGGAGGCAACUAUAUUUCAAGGGUUUUACAGAGAAUGCAUUUUUAUUCACACUUUCUAUUUCAGCCCCCAUCCCGCCACUUAAGUGAAGAAAGCAUCAGUCAGCGUGUUGUUGAACAGUUAGUGAAUAACAGGACGUUUCUGAGCAGGAUACAGUCUCGAGAUGUUUCAGAAGUCACAGAAAGUGUGGCGGAAAGUACUCCACCAUCGCCUGGAUGUGAAUGGUGUAACUGUAAGAGGCGAUGUACGUGUAAAUGUCAUUUGACUGAUCUGAACGAGAAAUGGAAAAUGGAAAAAUUAAACCAGAACGCUGAUCAAAGAUAUGAGGCACCAAGAAGUAGAUAUAGGGCAGAACACAGUGAAAGAGAAAUAGUGGUUUCAGAUAUCGAAUCUGAUUUAGAUGUAUCAAAAGAUUUCAAAAACAACCUCAGUUAUAUAUCUGAUUCUGACCAUGAAAGACCAAAGUCUGACCACAGGAAUGAUGAAGAUCGUAAAAUGUCAAGUUUGAAAGAAAAGAAAACAGAAGACGGAGUACAUCAGAUACAUGGGGCUUCUGGGGGCGAUCCACCAAGCGAUGAUCCUUCCAGCGAUGACGAAAGCGAUGAUGAUCACAGGGAUAAGAAAAACAAAAAAGAAAAGUCACAAGACAAUAAUAAUACAAGGAAGAAAGCUAAAAGAUGGAUCAUAGAUGCCGACGCAUGGACAAGUUGCUUAAAAAGUGAACAAGAAAGUCAAUUUGAAAAUCAAGCUUCAAGUUUAUUAGAGGAAGGGAAAUUACCAGAUAAGACUUUGCUCAAUGAAAUCUGUUCAAAAUACACUCGCCAGUUACCACGUUUUCAAAAUAUCUGUGAUUGUAUUUGCAGUUAUAUAAAACAGAAGUCAAACAAAAUAGUUCAGGUAUGGCCGGCCUAUCAGCAUAAAAAUGAUGAUAGGAUAUAUGGAAAAGAAAUCACAUUUGUAGUUUUGAUAACGGCGCCUGAUGACGUAAAUCUGAACGAAUUUACAAUAUGCAAAAGAUGUAUUUUUGAUGUUGCAAGCAAGAAAGAAAACGUGAAAAUAAACAAAAAAGAAUCAAAUGAUCGCCCCUCUUCUAAAGAAAUUGAAGAUCUUGAAAAAUGUCUGAAGGAAAACGCAAAGAAACUAAUGAAAAGCCACAGCAAACUAACAAGAGUGACAGCUAGUUGGUUUAAAUCAAGAGGACAUGAUACAGACGGGUUCUCGUUAAGAAAAGAAAACUGCAUUGCGCUCUAUGUGCAUGUUAAAGGUUUCAUUCCAUUGAAUGAGGAACCAUUUCCUGAACAAGUAGGAAACUACCCAGUUGAUGUUCGCGAAGGGAUCUUCACACUUUGCAGAGGUCCUCACGACUACCACGAGAAUGUUAAAAUGGGAUGUUCAAUAAGAGGGGAAGUAAAUCAGGGUACUUUGGGAGCAUUUGUCGAGUUUGAAAACGACAGUCGUGUGUUUGGUAUAACAAGUGCGCAUGUAGUUUUCGCUGGCGCAGAGUUAAAGGAGAUCUUGGAAAAAGGACAGAUACAAUAUGAAUCUCCGAAUGCUGUAACUGUGUAUCAACCUUGCAGUGAAAUUUUUGGCGAUGCUGUAGCUGCUCUGUAUAGAGAGGGUGGAAAUGGAAUUCCCGGUAUGGAGAUUGCACUGGUGGAGAUCAAACAGAAAAGAUGGCCUACUGAUGGAACAUUUCCUGAUGAUUCAGAUCAUCCACAGUUUGGAUUUGGACCCCACAAACCAUUUGAGUUUUGUUCUGGAAAUGUGGGCCAGUUAACGCAGAGUAUACAUUCUCGUGUUGUAUACAAGUAUGGAAGCGAAAGCAAAAUAACUGAAGGGUUAUACCGAGUUAAUGGUGCUUCUGUUCGAACUCAGACCUUUACAGACAACAUCCUUGGAAAAGAGUUAACCAUGCACGACCAACUAGAAAUAAAACAUGUUGGUACCUGCCCGUUUGGUGAACCUGGCGACUCAGGAGGGUUAGUUGUCACACAUAAACAAAGUGACACAGAACUUCUUGCUGUUGGGAUAUUUGAAGGAAAGAUGAAAGACGAAGAUGUUUAUACUGUUACACCUAUGUACUCGGUAUUGGAUGAAUUGAAAAGGUUAACAAACAAACGCUGUUGGCUGAAAAAGUUUCCAGAGUACAGCUUUAGUUCAAAUGUUAUGAAUGAUUCACAUACCGCAACAGUUUCUGGCUUAAGUAAAAAGGUUGAAAAGUUAGAAGAGCAUCAAAACGAAAUUAAAGAUGAAUUACGCAAGCAAAGUGAUAAAACCGAUCAGAUUCUACAGAUUCUGGUGGCUCUACAAAACAAGUCGUAAAAUAGCUUGAAAAUAAAUUAGAUACAUUUCAAGUUUUACACAGUAAGAUGUUCUUAGGUUGUUGUAGACUAAAUUGGCAGACAGAUGUCACUUUAAAUGACUAUACUCGUAUUUGUGAACAUUACAUAUAAUAUAAAUUUAAUUAUAGCUAUGAUUUUUGUCAAAAAGCGUUCCCUAGUUUGAAGUGUAGAAAAUUGGGCAAUCUGCAAUUUCCUCUAGAGUUUAGCACUUUCCAGUCAUCAUUCCAGCAAUUGGAAAAUCUUUCUUAGUCGAGAAUAUUGUACACUGCUUUUCAUAUGCUCCCAAAUUGUCGCAGUCUUGUCCAUUCAUCCGUCUGUCAGUCUGUCUGUCUGUCUGUCACACUCUUGUCCGGAGGAUAACAUAAAAAGUAUUGAAGAUACGAAGUUGUUACUUCAUACAAUAACUCAUUGAGAGGAAAUGCAAUGUUAAUAAACCACAACUCAUAACAUUGUCUGGGACAUAACUUGAAUACUAUGUAAGGUAUUGACUUUUGAUACUUUACAUGUUGACAGACGUCAAUGUGAGUGAGUGCAGUGACAAGAAACUAUCACUCUAGGUGGUACCAUCUUUUAAUUAUCUCCCUCGUUGACACUUCUUGUCCGGAGGAUUACUAAAAAAGUAUCGAAGGUACCAAGUUGUGACUUUAUACAAUGAUAUGGCUCAUAGAGAGGAAGUGCAGCGACAAUGAACCAUUACUCUAGGUUAUCCCAUUUUUUAAUUGUUUCCUUUCUUGAAAACCUUGUUUUGGGCAUAACGUAAGAUACUAUGUAAGGUAUUGACUUCAUACUUUACAUAUUCAUAGAGGUCAGUAAGAGGGAGUGCACUGACAAGAAACCAUAACUCUUAAAUGGUCCCGUUUUUGAAUUACCUGCCUUUUUGAAAACCUUGUCCGGGGCAUUACUCAAACACUAUGUAAGCCAUACCGGACUUCAGCAUAUAUUACACAGGUUUAUCAAUAAAAUUAUCUCCCCUGUUAGCAUCUGUCAUACCGUGAUAGAUAAGCGGACUUCAAGCAUUGAAUCGUAUAGGGAAAUUCUUUUCAUUAUUAAACAUUUAAAGCAUCAAUAAUAAAUAAUUUGUCAUAAUUUUAUAACCUAUAUUCACAAUUUACAUUUCUUUAUCUUUCAAUGUAACAAAUAUCAACAAAAAAUAAAGAAAAUAGCUAUCUUUUAAAAGCCAGUUUCCUCACUGUCGAUCAUAUAGAAUAUAUAAGAAUAAAAAAUAGAAUUGCGAAUUUAUCCAAGUAUACAUCAUUUAAUAAUAAAAUGCAAAAAAAAAUCUUAUAACCUUUAUUCUGUAUCUGCAUUUUCCGGUCGUUAAGGCAAUGAUAUUUUGAAAAAGAUGUUUUGUUAGGAAAUUGCUUCCAACUUUCUGUCAAAUUGCUAAAAUCAUUUCCUCAGUCUUUUGGGCUUUUUUGGAAUCUGCGACCAUUUUGGUGAAUUGAAACCGUAGUGAUUAUAUCUUGAAGAAUUUAUUGUAAUAAUUUUAUAUUUAUUUGAAAUACAGUUUUAUUUUUAGAUACAUUUAUGUUUGCUUGUAUGGGAACUUGUCAUGAAAUAGAACAAGCCAUUUGAAUACAAGUCUAUAUAAAAAGACCCCCUCUAUAAAAUAAAACACCAGGAAUGGCAAUGGCUUCGACGACAAACGAAAUUUUGUUAAUAUUGUUGAUUUUGUGUUAGUAAAUACGGUGACAGCGACAAGUAAGCACAGUUCCGGGUAUAUUUUCGUUGCCUUUAGAAAAUCAAACCACCCGUUCAAACUCGCACUUCUAUUUUUUUGAAAUUGUCUUGUUUUCGUUAGGUGGGUGGGGUGUGAAUGCGUUGCAUUCCUGAUUUUUUUAUAUAGAGGGGGUUGUGGGUCUUUUUAUAUAGACUUGUAUUGGCUUGAUUAUUUACAGAAAUAGAAUUAUUAAUAGAAUUUCAGGUCUCUGUGCUUUAAUAAACAAUAAAACCUAUAUUACACUGUGAACUUUAUAAUGACAUAAGACUCAAUAUUUAAGGUACCGUUAUCUCGAGUAAUAUGUUCAAUGAUCUGGGAUUUAUUUUGUUAUCUAGGUAUGAAAUUUAUCACACAGGUAAUAUGCAGUAUGCUGUAAAAUAUUUAAAGGUCCAUUACUAAGGGAAAGUGAGUUGGCAAUUUUUUUCAUAGCCAGUGCAUAGACUUCUGCAAGACACUAAAUAAUGAAGAUUGGCAGGUCAAAAUUUACAGAAGGUCUUUGGAACUCAAAGAAAUGUAUGUGUAUUAUGUUGAAAUUUCAAUGAAUCGACAGAAUGACCCCCAGGUCUUUUUAACUUUCUUCAUACUUCAUAGAAAAAUAAUUUCUACAUACCAACUUUCAUUUUCCAAUAAAAUGAAAUAGUUUCUGUGCUUUUUAAAAGAAAUUAAAAUGUUCACUUUCCUUAGUAUUGGACCUUUAAACGAUAAAGCUCUCAAGGCUCAUAAUGAUUUAUUAUCAAUUUGCAGUCCAGUUCCUAUGGAUAUUAAAACUCAGUUGUCUCUUUACACCAAUCUGACUAAAGUACUUGAUCUUCUAAAAAAAGAUCAGAGAAUGACCCAUUCACAUUCGUCUUCUGUAUAUUUUGGAUUUCCAAUAUUAUUGUUUUUAUUUUCGCAAAUCUAUUUUUAAUUGAAUUAAUCAGACGACUUGUUCGAAAGUCAAAGAGUAAGAAAAAUGUGCAGUCAGUCCGGGGCUCGAACCCGGGACCUCUCGCUUACAGAGCAAGUGUCCUAACGACCUAGCUAAAAGGCUCUCUGACACUUUAUGUCAUAAGAAUUGUAAAUAUGAAAAACCCAGGCUAAAUAUAGAUCUUUUAUUCUUACAAAAUGUUGUAAAUAAGCCUUCUGAUUGGCUAGCGGAAGGGUCGUCAGAACGUGGCUAUCAAUAACACGUCUUCAGAUCCUAAGCGUAGCGUAAUAGGAUAUGUACUUUAGUCAGAUUGCUCUUUACACCUAUAUUGCUUUAUGGAUCAGAAGUUUUGGCGGUUAAUAACCUAAAAGAAAUUGAUAAAUUUACAUUUUCGAUUUUGUAAACGUAUUCUUGGUACGCGGUCUCAGACCUCAAAUGCUGCUGUAUUAGGAGAACUUGCUCGUUUCCCAUUUCUAUGAUCUGUAAGGAACGUGCAUUGAAACAAUGGUUAAAAAUAAUGAAAAAUCCUCAUUCUACAAUUCACGAUGUAUUGUAACACCUUGAACAAUGGGGACUUACCAUUUUCUUAUAACUGUGUGCAGUCAUUGAUCUUGGCUAUGAUUUGACCUGUUUCCGUGACAUUUUCUUGCAAGCUGACAGUAACGAAACACAGAAUUGUACACAUAUGUGUUCAUCUACAUAAUAUGACCGGCCAAUCACACAUUAUACACUCCCAUGUUCGUUUUAAUCUUAUCCGAACUCUGUUUACAUUUACCGAGAGACAUCCGUUUCGGCUAGUGCACAUUUAAUCCAGAUUUUGUAACAUUUUCCUACAUGCGAAUCACUAUAGACUUUGCACAAUUAACCUAUAGUAUUUAAUUGUUUGUUAAUGAUAAGUGUCAUCCUAUUGUACAGUCUGAGUUUUGUGUAAAUCACAAUAUUUUCAUGAUAACUCGCUGAAUUUGUCACAUUUCCUGACAGGAUAUGCAUCCUUAUUCGCAUUGCAUUGUUGGACUAUUUACCGUUGCUAUGCAACAUUAAAUAUAGUUGUCAUCCUUAAAGAUGUUUUAAUGCUGAUAAAAGCCUUAAAUUUAACCCCUAGUACAUAAUUUUACUGUAAAUGACUGUUUUAUUGUAUCCAUUUUGAAGCAUUUGACAGAAUUCUCCAGUAAUUUGAGUUUGUGGCCAAUUAUUUUCGGUCACUUGGUCACUGUGACCAAUUAUUUUUGGUCCGACCAUUUUUAUUUGGACAAUUUACCGUGUGACCAAUUUUAACCAGUUUUUCUUGGUCAAUUUUCCUGCCUACUAUAAAAGGGCCAGAUUUGUGACCAUCUGGGUCAUUCCAGUUCUGAACAAUAAGCUUAAGGGCACUUUUUGCUAGUCCUGAGAAUUUUACCAAUCUUUAUCUUAGAUUCAAAUACAAUAGUUUCAGCAUGAAUUAUAUUGGUGUAAGCACAUUUUAACAUAAAGCUGAAGUAAUUUUGAUAUACAUUUAGAAGAUUUGAAGGGACAUUUAUUUUUAUAUAACCUUUUAAGUGGAUUUAAUGCAAAAGCAGCCUUAUUGAAAUGAACAUUACUAAGUGCACAUGCACUUAUCUUUAGAAGUUAUGGAAAGCCUACACAGUCUUAACUAUGAAUAUUUGUAUUGAUGUUUUACAAGCCUUCAUUGCUGAAUGGUGAAUUAUUUAGGCCUUUUGAGAUAUAUUAAGUGAUGAAUAGAGUUUAAUGCUCAAGUUAAAAGUGCAUUUAAUUAAGUUAUGGGAAGCUAACACUGUCCUCUACAUUUAUACUGUGUGACAUUAUAAACACUGCGUGGUAUCUUGUGAAUUGCUGAGUUCCUUUGAAAUUUAAUGUGAUUCGUGUAACAUUCUAUUCGUUGAUACUUUGUGUUUGAAUUAUUUGUGUCACUUAAAAGAAAAUACACAAAUUAAACUUCAUAAACUGUGAGUACAGAGUUCCUAGUUUUUGACCUAAUACAUUAGAAGAAGCUUUCUCAUGUCGAUUGGCCAAGUCCUCCCGAAAGUAUUUAGCUCUUAACCGAAGGCUACAUCCAGACAGAAUAACCACCCUAGUGCGUAACAGUAUUUAUUGAUCGCGGCCUGAAGUAUAUGCGCGCUGGGUAAAAUAUUUCAUGAUAUGGACCUAUGAAUUCUUUACUUAUGGGUGAAACAGGUCUCAUAAGCGUAAAUACGACUAGCUUCUACUGAUUAUAAAACAUACCGUACGAUUUGUUGUGAAUUAACUGUUGUUGUACUUUUUGUAGAUCAACCGCCACCCUUGUUUAAGAGCAACAUUUAAAAAACACGUUUUUUUAAUCCUCAAGUAAUAAAUAAGUAGACUCGCCCAGUGUAAUCAAUAACCCACAAUUGACCGACCCCUCUGGUACAGUAUCAAGACGCAUAAUCUAACUCUAUACAUAAAGCGCUUACUUCACCCGAUUUACAUUCGGAACAUUUUCACGCGUUUCGGGCUUUAUCGUAUGUUUAACAUGGGAUUUUUGAACCGUCCAAAGAUGUUGGAAAUGUUUGUCUCAUUGUUUGUGUUUUUUUUAAUAAAAAUGUUACUGCUUUCAUUGUCUACCACUUUUUUCCACCCUUGCCUGAAAAAACAGUAAUGAGUUUGUACACUGUUCAGACAAUUGUGCUCUGUUGAAAUUUAACCAAACACAAGUUUACCUGCAUAAACAGAAAGCAUGAUAUCUUAAACGUAUGUCACUAUACCUGUCCAGUACUGGACAUUAUGGUAAACGCUUCUUUCCUGCACAAAUGACAAUUUCGCAACUUCUGUCCGGUUUGUACAAAUUUCUGGCCGCGAUAAACCAUUUGAUUUGUUGAUGCCUUGAAUACUACUGAUAUAAACAAUACAAACAUAAAAAACACUCUUGGGCUCUGUCGGUGAAAGAUCUACUUAUUAACCUUGGAUAUAGUAAUUUGUGGUAUAAAACUAAUUUUGCUGUUAAUUAUUUAUUUGAUCUGUC